CCUUCUUUAUUUCGAUUCCUUUGUCUCUCCCAAAAGCCGUCUCAAAGAAAACGAAACAAAGACAAAAGGUCCUCAUUUCUUAUCAAUGCCCCAAACUGAAUAUAAAAACAAAUUGCUUUUUUUUUUCUCUCCCUUCCUCUAAACGAACCAUUACACAAAUCCAAAUCAAAACUCAAGAAGAGCCCAUCGUGAAUGGAGAGAUAGAAUUGCUGAGUUGAAUUGGUCGGGAGAAGAUCUGAGUUGGACUUUUAGAUAAAGUUAGUUUUAUAAAUGGGUGCCGCGGGUUCUAAACUUGAGAAAGCAUUGGGCGAUCAGUUCCCUGAGGGCGAACGAUAUUUUGGCCUUGAAAACUUUGGCAACACUUGCUAUUGUAACAGCGUUUUGCAGGCACUUUAUUUUUGUGUACCAUUUCGUGAACAGCUGCUAGAAUAUUAUUCAAGUCAUGAAAUUGGUGCUGAUGCUGAAGAUAACCUGCUGACAUGCUUGGCAGAUCUGUUUACACAGAUAAAUUUACAGAAGAAGAAAACAGGUGUCAUUGCUCCAAAGCGUUUUGUACAGAGAUUGAAGAAACAAAAUGAGCUUUUCCGCAGCUACAUGCACCAGGAUGCUCAUGAGUUCUUGAAUUUCUUGCUAAAUGAACUUGUUGACAUACUGGAGAAAGAAGAUCAAGCUGCGAAAAAAGAGGGAGGAACUUCGUCACCAUCUGAAAAGACUGUAAACGGUCCUAAGAAUCCUCAGGCUAAUGGUGUUCAAAAAGAGCCCCUGGUUACCUGGGUACACAAGAACUUUCAGGGAAUACUUACCAAUGAGACGAGAUGCUUGCGAUGUGAGACAGUGACAGCAAGAGAUGAAGCUUUCUUUGACUUGAGCCUUGACAUUGAGCAGAACAGCUCAAUAACUAGCUGUUUGAAAAAUUUCAGUUCUACCGAGACAUUGAACGCUGAGGACAAAUUUUUCUGUGACAAGUGCUGCAGUUUGCAAGAAGCCCAGAAGAGAAUGAAGAUAAAGAAGCCUCCUCACAUCCUGGUUAUCCAUUUGAAACGGUUCAAGUACAUUGAGCAGCUUGGCCGGUAUAAGAAGCUCUCCUACCGUGUUGUGUUCCCACUCGAGCUGAAACUGAGCAAUACUGUGGAAGAUGCAGAUUCUGAGUAUUCUCUAUUUGCUGUAGUUGUUCACGUUGGAAGUGGACCUAACCAUGGGCACUAUGUUAGCCUGGUGAAAAGCCAUAACCACUGGUUAUUUUUUGAUGACGAAAAUGUGGAGAUGAUUGAUGAGUCUGCAGUUCAGACAUUUUUCGGGUCUGCCCAGGAGUACUCAAGUAAUACAGAUCAUGGGUAUAUCUUAUUUUAUGAAAGCCUUUGUGCAAACAAGAGCUGAGAAAAGAGGGCUUCGAUUUUACCAUGAGUACAGGUAUCCAUUUUCCCAAAUCUCAAUUUUCUUGAACCACCUAUGCUUUUUCUUUUUUUCUUUUGCCGAUUUUCUCGACAUCCAAUACUGUGGGAAGAGCCGGCUUUAUAUCCGUGAGAUGUGGAUCAUAAAAAAAUGUAUACUUAGGUUUUUGCAAUGUACAGUGGAUGGUGGAAGCACACUGUCUGUCCUUCUGUUUCCUUUUUUUUUUUGUUUCCACAAUAAGAGAUAAAAGAGAGCAAUGUGUAAUGUUGUGAGAAGAUCAGAGUUUUUGUAUUAUUCAUGGUUGAAUGUUCCAACAUUAGCCAUGCA